UCGGAACACUAAAGCCCUUUUUUUUAAUCAUCAUCAACAACAACAACAACAACAACCAUUUACUCUAUCCUCGAGGAUUUAAUUUGCACAUUCGUUUGAUAUCCAUAACGAUGAAGCUCGUAGCAAUCUUCUGCGUUACCGUUGCGGUCGUUCUCGCUGCAUCCGAAGACGACAAAAAAGAACCGGAACGGCCUAAAACCUUCAGAAGGCUCAUACCGGCCGAUGUUCUUCGUGAUUUUCCCGGCAUGUGUUUCGCUUCAACCAGAUGCGCUACCAUCGAACCAACUAAAACUUGGGAGCUUUCACCGUUUUGUGGUAGAUCAACUUGCGUACCAGCCGAUGACAAUUCCGGUCGUCUUUUCGAAUUGGUAGAAGAUUGCGGACCAUUACCCAAGGCCAAUCCAAAAUGCAAACUUUCCGAUAAGACCAACAAGACCGCCAGCUUCCCAGACUGUUGUCCGAUUUUCGAAUGCGAGGAUGGAGCUAAAUUAGAAUACCCUGAGAUUCCAACUUUGGCACCACCUACGGAAAUCCUUGAAGUCGAAAAAACGGCAGAAACGACAACGGCAAAAGCUUAAUUCAACGAUUACCUUCUCUUAAUAUUCGUUUUUUUUUUUAAUUCUACCUUUUUUAUAUAUUAUUUUAUUUUAUUUUAUUUUAUUUGUAUCAUAUUAUUCGAAAGCGAAUAACACAUUUUGAGCUCUCUUUAUUCUGUCUCUCUCUCUAUCUCUCUCUCUUUCUCUCUCUUCAUUCUCUUCUCUUAAUCACGCCCGAUUUCUAAUUAGUAAAACAGCAUCAUAGCCAUCAGAUAAUGGCGAAAUAAAUCGUAAUAGUGCCGCGAAUAAUUGGUUCCUGGCAACUGGUUAACAACUUGUAUCAUUAAUUUUACUUGCAAAUCUUUAUGGAACGUUACUUUCACUUCGAUUCCGGGUUAUAAAACUAUCGAUCAAGACUCUCGAAUAAGGCGCAUCCGAGAAACCUUUAGACGCUUUCGUCUAAAUAUCAGAGGACACCGAGAUCAUUAAUUCCCUUUUUUUUUUUUUGUUUUUAAUCUUAAUACCUGCUCAAUGAUUAACUGCGCUACGCUUUGCUAGUUCGUCAUGGUUCAAACAUAACGUGAUCGUACUUUUUUUAUAUAUAUAUAUAUAUAUUUAAUGCUCCCGUGCACGAUAAUUUCGCCAAGCUUGCAUUUGUCGAUCCUAAUUUCCUUAGCAACACACGUGUGUUUUCACGAUUGCAACUUUCUCGUAUUAUUUUUCUGCACAUCAGCGUUGCGAAAUCACAAUACAAUCUUUUCGCAUUAUCUUCAUGUUUAUGUACGUGCACCUUCUAAUAUAAUUAAUGCGAUCCCGCUAAUUUUCGUACACUUUGUUACAGUGAUAUAAAUAUAUAAACAUAUAUAUAUAUAUAUAUUGCAUCGAACGAACUUGCAUAUGCAUUGUAAAUGUGUGUGA